AUGAAAGUAAAAGAGCUAGCAAGAGAAAAACGCGAAAGUUACUUAAAAUACCUAAGUAAGAGAUCGCCCGAAGCAUACAGAGAAUACAAAUCUGUGAGAAACCGCGUAAAUUCCAACAUACGCAGAAUAAAAAAAGAACACUGGGAAGCGUUUACUGCAGACAUUGAAAGAGAUUUGUAUGGUGCUCAAAAAAAAGUGUGGGGAUUGCUUCGACGAAGGAAAAAGGAGGUAAAUGAAUAUGUGCAAACAAAUACUAUAUCUAUUCAAGACUGGGAAAAUCACUUUAGAAAGUUGUAUGAAAAUAGGGAAGACCGUGAAGCAGAAACACUUUUGCCAGAAGUAAUAAGUACUUUUAUUAGCAUAGAACUUGUGGAGAACGCUGUAAAAAGUUUGAAAAAUCGAAAGGCAGCCGGAUAUGAUGAAAUACCAAAUGAGCUAAUAAAAUACGGGAGCGAAGGUCUUCAUCAUCAAUUGGCAUUAUUAUCUACGAUAGACGCAAUUUUUGUGGUGCGACAAGUAGUAGAAAAAUCAAUAGAAUUCGAGAAACCGGCAUUUAUGUGCUUCGUGGAUUUAACUAAAGCUUUCGACCGCGUCCAACUCAAUGAUAUAAUCGAGAUAUUGACAGCGAAAAACAUCCCACCCGAAAUAAUUAAAAUUAUCGAAACCUUGAACAGAAACACCUCCACAUAUAUAUUAACGAACAACAUCAAAUCAAACGAAAUUCAAAUAUCAUCAGGAAUAAGGCAAGGCGAUUCUUUGAGUCCAUUUCUCUUCAACUUAAUAAUGGAAAAAAUAAUAUCUGAAGUGAAAAACGCAGGACGUGGCUAUAGAACUUCAAAAGGAGAAAUAAAAAUUAUAUGCUACGCAGAUGAUGCCGUGCUAAUAUCCGAAAAUGAAGACGAGCUGCAAAAAUUGCUACACCAGUUUUAUAUUACAUCUUCAAAAUUAAACAUGGAAAUUUCGGUAGCAAAAACAAAGUCUCUGGUAAUUGCAAAAGAACCUUUAAGAUGUAAAUUGGCGGUUAACGACAAAAUAAUAGAGCAAGUAAUGUCGUUUAAGUAUUUAGGGGUAGAGGUUUCUGCUUGCCAAAACCGAAAAAAAGAAAAUAUGCAACAAAUAAACAAAGCAGCAAGAGUCAGUGGUUGUCUAAGCGACAUUAUAUGGAAAAACAAGCACAUGGGACAAGCAGCGAAGAUUAAAAUAUAUAAAUCAUGCGUACGCCCAAUUAUGACUUAUGCAGCGGAAACUAAGGCGGAGACAAGCAAAACAAAAGCCAACUCGCGUGCAGCAGAAAUGAAAACGCUUAGAAAAAUAGCAGGACGCACAUUGCAAGAUAGAGUUCCGAGCGCAGAAAUAAGAAACAUGUUAGAUGUUCAAGAUGUGGUAAGAUGGGUAAGAGCUAGGAGGCGUGCCUGGAAUGAACACGUCUCUAGAAUGCAGAGUGACCGCAUUGCAAAAAUAGCAAGGGAUGGCAAGCCAAGCAACACCAGGCCGCCAGGCAGACCACCUAAAAGAUGGAUCGAGUGCUGGACAUCAACUUCUCAAGAGGCGAACUAA